CAGGAUUUGCCUAACAACAUGAUACAUCAAGUAGCCAUAAAAUCACUGCCUCAAGAAUGGUUGUGGUGCGUAACUUGGUGCAGCAAUGAAGAAAAAUCAAAAGCCAAAACGAUUGACCUGUGCAAUAAUCCUAAGACAAAAGAACCAAAACUAGAAGCAGCCAUGAGAAUCGUUGAUGAAUGGAAGAGUUACGAUGAAAUUAAAAGGUUGUGGGACUCUGUUUAUUCGCAAAAUGAAACAGAUUCAGAGCAAAAACACGAAGGUUAA